GGGAACAUUUUUGAACCCUCGAACUUGUCACCCAGACUUUUGUCUUGCUAUCUCCGUCCUUCUCCCUAACAUUUUGUUUGCAUCUUUCUAGCUUUCCUUUUCUUGUACAUUAGUCCUCACCAUGGCAGAGCCGAUCGGGAUCGAUGCUUCGCGCGCUGCGCCAUCUCUGUGGGAUCGCGUCUCGAAUUGGGUAUCGGAGAACAAAGCAGUUGCAUACACCAUCGCUGGAACUGUCGUGGUUAUCACCAGCGCUGGGGCCAUCUACUACUUCUCCGGUCAGAAAUCGACACCGUCGUCUUCACCUACAGAAAAGCGAAAGAGUAAGAAAGAGCGACGGAAAGAAAAGAAAGCCGCGGAAGAGGCACAGAAGUCUGGCAUCAGUCUGAACGAUACUGAAGCUGGGACUGUGCCCAAGCCUCCCACCGUCGAGACCGAGGACGAACUGCCCGAGAUCAACGAAUCCACGGUAGAGAGUUUUACUGCCGAGGAUCGAGCGACAUAUGCAGGGAAGCUGAAGGCUGCAGGCAACAAAGCUUAUGGCUCGAAGGAUUACAACAGGGCCAUUGAGCUGUAUGGAAAAGCUAUUCUAUGCAAGCCUGAUCCUGUCUACUACUCCAACCGUGCUGCCUGUUACAAUGCGCUUAGCGAAUGGGAUAAAGUCGUUGAAGACACUACUGCGGCGAUUUCUAUGGAUGCAGAAUAUGUCAAGGCUUUGAAUCGACGAGCCCAUGCUUACGAACACCUGGGCUUCUUUUCCGAGGCUCUCCUCGACUACACUGCUAGCUGCAUUAUCGAUGGAUUCAAGAAUGAAAAUAGCGCACAGAGUGUUGAGAGACUACUGAAAAAGGUGGCUGAGAAGAAGGGAAAGGCGAUACUCGCCGAGAAGAAGAAUAAAUUGCCCAGUGCCACAUUCGUCUCCAACUACCUCCAGAGCUUCCGUCCGCAACCACCGCCGUCUGGUUUGGAAGAAAGUGCGGAUCUCGGCGAGGAGACGGGCAAGGGUCAACUUCAACGCGGGCUCAACGCUAUGAAGAAGAGAACCGCAGAAGGGUAUGAUGAAGCAUCUGCGGCGUUCAAGAAGGCCUUGGAGCUUGGGGAUCUCGGCGAACACGAGGCUUUUGCUCACAACAUGCGUGCGACAUUCCUUUAUCUGGAGGGGGAUACAACGCCGGCCCUAGAAGACCUUACAAAGGCCAUCGAACUGCAACCUGCUUUCACACAAGCAUACAUCAAACGUGCCAGCGUCCAGCUUGAGCUUGGCAACAAGGACCUGGCCUCAGACGACUUCGACAAAGCCACAGCGCAGAACAAGGACGAUCCUGACAUCUUUUACCACCGUGCACAGCUUCACUUCAUCCUGGGAGAGUUCGCUGAUGCGGCAAAAGAUUACCAAAAGUCGAUCGAUUUGGACAGAGAGUUCAUUUACUCACACAUCCAAUUAGGUGUUACUCAGUACAAGAUGGGAUCCAUUGCGUCCUCGAUGGCCACUUUCCGCCGAACGAUCAAGAACUUUGACAAGGUUCCUGAUGUGUACAACUACUACGGUGAGCUGUUGCUUGACCAACAGAAGUAUCAGGAAGCUAUCGAAAGAUUCGAUACAGCCAUUGAGAUGGAGCGGCAGACAAAACCCACAGGAGCUAUCAAUGUACUGCCGUUGAUCAACAAAGCUCUUGCUCUCUUCCAAUGGAAGCAAGACUUCAAAGCAGCCGAAGACCUCUGCGAAAAGGCACUAGUUUUGGAUCCUGAGUGCGAUAUUGCGGUUGCCACCAUGGCCCAAUUGCUUCUCCAACAAGGCAAGGUCGUGAAAGCUUUGGAGUACUUUGAACGUGCGGCAGAGCUUUCAAGGACGGAAGGAGAGAUCGUCAACGCACUGUCCUAUGCCGAAGCUACUCGAACACAACUUGAAGUCUCGCAGAAAUAUCCCCAGCUCGCUGCUCGUCUACAACAAAUGGAGGGAGCCGGACUCGGCGGGCCCCAGAUGAGAUAAAAUUGGCGACGAAACACUAUGCACCUUGAUUGAUUUAAUGCAUAUGGCGAAGCAUCUCUCCCUCCUCCUCUCAUUUCUUGUAUCAUGGGCCGACGUACUGACGAGCGAUCUAUAUGAGGCUUCUAACCUGUACGUAAUGGGGAUUCUCUUGUUAGCCUUCGGGACAUGGGCCUUUCUAUUUGCAUGGGGUGGACGGCACCCCGAGUUAGGGUGUGGAUUUAAUGCAGGACGUUGAUCAAAAGACAGAAAAGUCCCGGUGUACGGAGUAUAUCAUUGUAUAAUAAGACUUGGAGAUGAAAACGAUUUUGACUGCUCGGAGACGGGCCACUGUAAAAU